AUGAAGUUCAUUUCAAUCGGAAGUUCCCCAUUCCAUUCAACCAAUCCUCAGGUCUUUUGUAACUCUAAUUCGGCGCGAGAAGAGUUCAUGUUAAAAAUUUUGAAUAGAAGAUGGACAUUGAUGAAUCCAGAUGCUAAAGUUCACCAAAUAAAGGUUUCUACUUUAAAAACACAACAGCAUUGUGAUUCACUUGGGAAGUUUUCCUUUGCCAACAAUCCACAUCCUUCGUUGGGAGAGAAUGUAACGAAAUGGAACAAUGUGAAGUCUUCGUUUUAUAUUGUUCGUGAUGAUUUGUUGCAUCCCCUAGUGAAUGGAAAUAAGGCAAGGAAACUUGAUGCGUUGCUUCCACUCGUUGAAGAUCAUUUGGGAACCGAUGUGGUCACAUGUGGAGGUUGCCAAAGUGCACAUGCUGCAGCUGUUGCUGUUUCAUGUGCAGAGAGGGGACUAAAAGCACAUUUACUAUUACGUGGAGAAAAACCUCAGAUUGUAACGGGAUACAAUUUAAUUUCCAUGCUAUAUGGAAUUGUCACUUAUGUUCCAAGGUCUUUAUACGCAAAUAGGAAAGAAAUGCUAUCCUCUCAUGCUGAUUCUUUAGGGGGGAGGGUUGUAUGUCUUGAUGACUUAAUUAAGUCUUCAAAUAUAGAUCACGUGCAGCACUCGAAUUCAAAGAAGAUAGUCAUUGUUAAUGAAGGUGCAGGAGAUGCCAUUGCAUUGCCUGGCUUGAUUCGCCUUGUGAAGUACUUGUCACAAGAUCACAUAUUUGGAAAAAUUCAGCCUCUGAAAAUUGUUGUGGACGCUGGUACUGGCACUACUGCUGUUGGUUUAGGAAUCGGAGCCUUAUGUUUAGGGCUCCCAUGGGAAGUAACUGCAGUGAUGCUGGCUGACACCAGAGAAGGGUACAGAAAACAAGAGGAACGUUUGAUAUCUGAGUUAUGUCAAUGUUUUGACUUACCUAUUACACACACUGGACUUGUAAAUUGGGUAGAACGUCAGCUUCCAAGGAAAUUUGGGAACGUGUUGAGAGGGGAAAUAGAAGCAUGCCAACAAAUUGCUCAAGAGACUGGUGUUUUAGUUGAUCCCAUAUAUACUUUGGCUGCAUGGGAGCUAGCAACUCAACUUAGUCAAGAGGAGAAAAAAGGUGUGAAAGUGGUUAUGCUUCACACUGGUGGUACACUUGGUAUGUUUGGGUUAGCUCAGCGAUACAAGUCUUACUUCUAGACUUGCGUUCUCAAGACAGGCAUCUCAAGUUAGCAACAGUUCUCAUUGUAAUGAAAAUCUAAACAAACACCGACACUACACAUUUGAGAAUGCAAAAUGGGAGGUCGAACAGCAUGGUUUGAUGUGAUGGGGUAAUGGGUCAAAAGGUAAUUUUUGUCGCAGCAGCAAUGAGCAGCCCAGAUUGAUGUGAUGCAAUCCUUGUUCAUAUAUCAUUAAUAGUUGCAUUCAUAUAAAAGUUUUUCACAUGUCUAUAAACAUUUUAUAUCAUUGAUAGUCCAGUUAUAAUUAUUAAAGAUUGGAGGUGCACUAACCA